AUGGGUCUUUCCUCUCGCAUUCUUGACAGAAUUUGCGAGCAAUGUUCGGCUCAGUCCAUAUACGUCCUAUUCGGGCUCGGCCUGUUGUCUUUGGUCGCGCUGUCGGUUGUGGUCAAUGUCUUGGCUCAGCUUUUGUUCAAGAAUCCUAACGAGCCCCCGGUCGUCUUCCAUUGGUUCCCAUUCAUCGGCAGCACAAUCAGUUAUGGCAUGGACCCGUACAAAUUCUUCUUCAAGUGUCGUGAAAAGUACGGCGAUAUCUUCACCUUCGUCUUACUCGGCAAGAAGACGACUGUUUACUUGGGAACAAAGGGAAAUGACUUCAUCCUCAAUGGCAAGUUGAAAGAUGUUUGCGCUGAGGAAGUUUACUCGCCCCUGACCACUCCCGUCUUUGGGAGGAAUGUGGUCUACGACUGCCCGAAUUCCAAGCUCAUGGAGCAGAAGAAGUUUGUUAAAUUUGGUCUUACUUCUGAGGCGCUUAGAUCCUACGUCCAGCUCAUCACUGAUGAGGUGAACAUGUUUAUUAAGUCAUCUGGCGUUUUCCAAGAACCGAAAGGGACCUUCGAUGUUUGCAAGACUAUGGCGGAGAUCACGAUCUACACCGCUUCUCGAUCGCUUCAAGGGAAGGAAGUCCGUGAUAAGUUCGACUCGACAUUCGCAGAGCUCUAUCACGACCUCGACAUGGGCUUUGCUCCUAUCAAUUUCAUGCUUCCAUGGGCGCCACUGCCGCACAACCGCAAGCGUGAUAGAGCGCAAAGGAAGAUGGCUGAAACAUACAUGGAGAUUAUCAAAGAGCGGCGCCGGGCUGGCGGCAAAAAGGACUCGGAGGAUAUGAUCUGGAACCUGAUGUCGUGCGUGUACAAGGAUGGAACACCAGUUCCUGAUGAAGAAGUCGCACACAUGAUGAUCGCUCUUUUGAUGGCUGGACAGCACUCAUCUUCGUCGACAAUAUCUUGGAUCGUUUUCCGCCUCGCUUCCCGGCCCGACAUCAUGGAAGAGCUUUACCAGGAACAACUCAGGGUACUCGGUUCCGAUCUUCCCCCUUUGACAUAUGAGACUCUCCAGAAAUUGGAUCUGCAAGCGAAGGUCAUCAAGGAGACCCUCCGUUUGCAUGCUCCUAUUCAUUCAAUCAUCCGCGCUGUAAAGAACCCGAUGCCUGUUGAAGGCACUCCCUAUGUGAUUCCGCCCUCUCAUAAUCUGCUCUCGUCACCAGGUGUCACUGCACGAUCAGCUGAGCAUUUCCCAAAUCCUUUGGAGUGGGAUCCUCACCGAUGGGACAGUUCUGUGAGCACGGAAGAUGACGAGAAAGUUGAUUAUGGUUAUGGCUUGGUCAGCAAGGGAGCUAGCAGCCCAUACCUUCCCUUCGGUGCUGGCCGCCACAGGUGCAUUGGUGAGCAGUUUGCCUAUGUCCAGCUCGGUGCUAUCACUGCUGCUCUGGUGAGGACGUUCAAGUUCAAGAAUCUUCCCGGUGUUCAGGGGGUUCCUAAAACAGACUAUUCUUCUCUGUUCUCGAAGCCGUACGCCAACUCCCUAAUUCAGUACGAGAGACGUGACGCGCCUGUCAAAGCAUAA